UGGUUAAAUCCUUCCAGUCUUACGUUGAUCCAGAAGUUCAAGGUUCCUCUAGUCUCAAAGAUGAUGAAGACGUUUCUCUUCCUCUUGAAGAACACACCCUGUCCUGUAACCUAGGGAUACAACUGGUGGUUGUCUGUGCUAAGUCGGAUUGUUUUGUUCAGUUGGAGAAGAAUGAGAAGUAUCAGGAUGAACACUUUGACUUCCUUCAGCAGCACAUCAGGAAAUUCUGUUUAAACUAUGGUGCUGCUCUGGUCUAUGUAUCAACAAAGGACAAUAAGAACAUUGAUAUUCUUCACAAGUAUCUGAUACAUAAAGCAUACGGGCUCAAGUUUAAAGUACCAGCUUACACUGUAGAGAGAGAUGCUGUUUUCAUUCCUGCAGGGUGGGACAGUAGUAAGAGAAUUGCUGUACUUUGCGAACAAAUAAAACACUUCAAUCCAAGAGAGCCGCUCAAUAAUAUCAUAAAAUCACCACCACUCACCACCACUACGUCACAGCAAAGUGAGAACAUCAGUUCGGAAGAUGAUCAAGUGUUACUGCUAGCACAACAGGCCCAUAUUGCUAAAUCCCCAAGGCCACAAUCCACUCCCACUUCAGGCUCAGGUAAGGAUAAGUCACCAAGACUACAGCACACUCCACUAUCAGCACAAGAUCAGGAGGGAGGAGUACCUAAGAACCUAAUGUCUGGAAUGGGAGGAGGAGGAGGGGGCCAGCAGUCCGGGGGUGAAGUACUAGCGACAUUCUUUAAUAACCUGUUAUCAAAGAAACCCAGUACUAAGACCUCUCGUAGUACCACUGGAGUCACUGGAGGGAGUGAUGGAAAGAAGAGCACACCAAAGACUGAGAAGUAACUGAUUGUUUGUGUUUGUGGUUGUAGAGGGAUAGAAGUGAUAAAGAGGUGUUGUUGUUGUUGUUGUUGUUUUAAUUUAUUAAUUCAUUUUGUUCAAAUUUUUGUUUAUUAAAAAGCCAUAUCUCUGUGUUUUAGUAUAGAUAUUAUUAUUAUUUAAUUGAUAUUAUUAUUAUUAUUAUUAUUAAUAUUAUUAUUAUUAUUAUUAUUAUUAUUGUUAAAGUAGUUGUUUUGCUGUUGUUUUUGUUCUGGACGUUAACUUUAAAUGAAAUAAUAAUGUCAGUUUUAUUUUCUAAUUAUGAUCAUACCCACUUUAAUACACGA